AUUUCGGGACAUCGAGGGGUGUCAGCUGUGUGUCCUGCGCAGCGAUGGGGACCGGGGGGAUGCCGGGGGCCGGGAGGCGCUGGGCUGGGGCUGUGCUGGUGACACUGGCGGUGCUGGGACCCCACGUGGCUCGUUGCACGGAGCCCCCAGAGCAUUUCCUCUACCAGACCAAGGACGAGUGUUACUACACCAACGGCACCCAGCGCGUGAAGUAUCUGUCCCGGGACAUCUGGGACCGGCGGCAGGACCUUCACUUCGACAGCGACGUGGGCGUGUGGGUGGCCGACACGGAGCUGGGGGAGCCUGACGCCAAGUACUGGAACAGCCAGAAGGAGUGGAUGGAGUACCAACGGGGCGAAGUGGACAGGUUCUGCCGAUACAACUACGGGGUGUUUGAGCGAGGCCACGUGAUCGGCCGCAGCGCGAAGCCCAAGGUGAAAGUCUCCCCAACAAAAUCAGGGGCCCAGGCCCACCCAGACACACUGAUUUGCUCCGUGACGGGGUUUUACCCUGGUGGGAUCGAGGUGAAAUGGUUGAAGAACGGGCAGGAGCAGACGGCCGGAGUGGUGUCCACGGAGCUGAUGCAGAACGGAGACUGGACCUUCCAGAUCCUGGUGAUGCUGGAAAUGACCCCCCGCAGCGGGGACGUCUACACCUGCCAGGUGGAGCACAGCAGCCUGCCGGACCCUGUCACUGUGCUCUGGGAGGCGCAAUCAGACUCAGCCAGGAGCAAGAUGCUGACGGGGGUCGGGGGCUUUGUGCUGGGGCUGAUCUUCCUGGCACUGGGACUCCUCAUCUACCUGAGGAACAAGAAAAGCCGCCCCGUUCCCCAGCCGACAGGGCUCCUCAGUUAGAUCCUGCAGCUUCGGGGCCUGCAUUGCCCAGCGUGAUUCUCCAGCCCCGUCUCCUGGCACCUGUCCCUGUGUCUGGAGCUCUUCUCACUUUCCCUCCAUCCUCACCUGGAUCCCUGGGGCUGACUCUGCAGAAUUAACCCUUUAUCUGUCUAAGCCUGCACCACAUCUGCAUUCAGAAAUGCUACUGCUUUUAGGGGGGACCUUCAUGGGACUUGUAUCUGAGACAUGGGGAAUUGUAACAAGGCUGUUUGCAGCAGUUGUCACAGCCCUUUGGAAUGAGACUCUCAUGGGCCCCAAGUUAAGUUAAUAUGCCCAGAAUGGACCAGUAUCACCCUCAGCCUGAGCGGUGGAAACAUGUUGUUAGGAAAGGACAGGAUGGAGGAGCCCAGUGAUACCCAGGGAACACGUGCUCUACCCUUGGGCCAGGGCGGUCCUGGGGGGUCUCUGAGCUUGUACCCACCUUGUUACAAUUGAGAUCUGGUAAGCCUGGCCUGGGGUCCCCAGGGUGUCCCGUGGGGCUGUUGGGUAAAAGCAGGUGGGGGUUGAAUCGGGUCCAUUGAAACAUGUGCUGGAGCUUGUGCUAUUUAAUUGUUCCUGAUACUGUUCUGGAUCACUCCUUGGGGACUGGAAAGGAGCAGGUUUCUGUCCUGCUGGGGGGUGAUGGUGUUUCUGACCAAUAACUUGUCUCACCAGUGUGUGCGGUGUGUUGAGCCCUCCCUUUUCAGAGCUCCAUUUCCCUGGGUCUGUUUCUGAAGCCGUGUGGGUUUACAGCCCCGUGCAGCAAAGUCAGGCUCCCCCAUGCUCUCCUAACUGCACCUGGUGUUUCCCUCACCCCGUGGCUGCUACAUUCCUUUUGAUGGUGGAAGUUGCAAUCAGGAAUCAAAUGGCAGUGAAGCUCUGACAAGGCUGACCUCGGGGGUGCCACCAAUCCCGCUGUGAUUCACAGGCCUCACUUCAAGUCACUUUUGGUGCCUUCCCCCUGGGCUCACCCCACAGCUCUGCACAGACUGUGCUCGGCUCCCCAUCAGCAGGUGCCACCAGAGGCUGUCCCUGGGCCCUGCCCUGAGGGCUUUCCGCUGGCUUUGGAGGACAUCAGCUACUGAGAGUGUGAGCAUGUGAAGGUGCUGAACAUGCAGGUGAAAAUCUCUGGUUCUUGUUCCUUGAACCUGCUAAUGGUAAUACAGGUCUCAUGUCCCUG